AAUGCUUAUGAACGUCGACAGGUAUUGCAUUGUGAUGUCAGCGAUGGCAACUCCAUGUUCCUGGUGCAUAAUAUCUUUGCCGAAUCUGCUAUUCCUUCACAUCCUGAAAAAGCAUGUGAAGGGUGGAUGAUCUGCUGCAGACUGUACAGAUCUUGCAGGAGAGGAGCACCUACCACACACCAUAAGUCACUAUGGACACUUCCCUUUGAGUCCAACCAAUUGAUCAUUGGGGAACCCAUACAGUUCCAUCAUGACCUACAGUCUUACUUCUGGUUGGCCUACCUCAUUACCUGCAACUGUGCAGGUCCAUUCAACAUGUGUUGGGACUGGGAUGGGGAAAUGUCGCUUUUUAACCUGUCCAAAUCUAUUAAACCUUCAGACAUCAAACACAUGGCUGAGAAUCCAGGAGUCAUCAGGAAAAUGCACAGUUGCUAUUAUAGCUCCUAG